AGGAAACGAAAGCACCUUACCAAAUUUGGCAUCGAAGCAGCUGCAUCAGAUCCUGCUGCAUAAUUCUUCAUUACCUGCGACCAAUCAGCCUCAUGGAAACACAAGCGGUCAGCAGCAGCAGCAGCGACAGUCUAACGUGAAAGUAGAUCCAAGCAGACACCAACAUGAGUCUCUUCAGAAAAUGGCUGUAUCUUCUGAUUAUGAAACUCUUGCGGACUCUAAAUCGUCUGCACUCAACCGAAGUGACGAUUUCCAGCCAGGUAAAAGAAGUCUAUCCUCUGUGCCUCCUGAGAUCAUUGAGAUGAAUGUGCUACAAGAUAAAAGUGAAGCGACCAGUUGUGUGGAUAAAUCUGAUAAAAACAGUAUAUGUGGAAGCAUGAACAGUAGCAGUUAUAAUGCUACAAACAAUUCAGUUGUCUCGGUGCUACCAGAUUCAGUUUCCUCAUUGUCUCAUCCAUCUCAUGUGUAUUGUCAGGAUUCUGAGACUUUACCACACACACUGGACACCCCUCCAACAUCAAAUGAGCCACAACCACUUUCAUUAUCGCAGGCAACACUCUCACAUCAUCAACUUCACGACGAUGUCUGUGCGAAGGAAGGCAAAGAUACUGCUGUUCAAGCUCGGUUAUCUAAUCAUGAAAACAAUUUUCUUAUUGAUAACUUUGAUCAACCAGUUCGUCCUUUUCAGUCUAAAAGUGACAAGGACCUGUACAAAUACCUGCUGCUGGGCAGCACCCAGGACGCUGGACGUGACAAGUUUGGAUUUGUCUGUGACAACCCAGAAAAUACUUUCAUGCCAUUAACUCACUCAAAUACAUUUCCUGUGGCCACCAAGAUGAAUGGCGUGACGUUAGAUAUGUAUUCUGAGAGUGAUGAAGAAGAUGAGAUUGAAGUUCCUUAUGAAAAACAGUUACACAUUAGUGAAGAAGAUUUAGGAGUUUCAGAUGAAACACUGGAGAAUAGUUUAUUCCUUGGUGGAAAUACCCCAACAAGGGAGAGAUGUCGCGAGGAUUGGGUAAUAGGACUAAUACCCAGUCUUGGUAUCUCACGACCAGGAAUGCGAAAGUAUCAGAGUGAGGAAGGGCCUGUUUACAGUAGGCUUGUCAACAAAAGCAUUGCAAUUCUUGAAGACAAUGCUAGAAGCCGGUCUCUUGACGAGCCAUCCGGGUUAGGGGCUGAUAGCCCUGAUCCUAGGAGAAUGAACAGCACCAUGGCUGGUAGUCCGGAUGUGGAAACCUACGAUCACUUCUCACAGGUCCCUGUACAGUCAGGCAAUAGUAUGUAUGCAUAUGAUCCGAAUGAUGAUUCGCCGCCUUGGGAUGACGAAAUCAAUAGAACUGACGUGUCAGAUCAGACAGCAGAAGACAGAGAAAAGUUAAACCGCUUAAAGGAUGUGCUUCCAGACCAGCAGCCUAUCCCGGUUUAA